AUGGUGGGCAGAAGAGGCCGCAGAGCCACCGCAGGGCCUGCCAUUCACUCCAGUCCGGCCACGCGAUCUUUGCGCAAUGCAGCCGACUCUGCACCAGCCCCGAUUGCUACUCCCACACGCGGCCGUGGUCGUGGUCGUGGCCGUGGCCGUGGCCGAGGGAGGGGCCGCUGGGCCGAUCACUGGACGCGUAGAGCGAGUAUGCCAGGGCGAGUUACCACAGAAGAGAGCCCCCCGCCCAGCGAACCUGAAAUGCGUUCGCAUAUUAUCAAAUUUCGAGUAGGAACUCCUGCUCUUCGCAAUCUGCAAAAUGCAUCUGCCGAUGCCACAGAGGACGCUGAGACGUCUCAUACUUCCCCCUCGAGCACUCCUGAGGAUUCGCAGAAUCCCGAGACUCCCCGCGUGCGUCGAUCUAAGAGGGCCAUGGCUGUUCCUGAAUCAUCACGUACUACUCGGCAGUCGGCUAGGUUCAAACCUUCCGAUCUGGCCGACGACACUCCGGAGAAAUCCGUUGAUGCUGAUGACACCGAGGAUGAAGGCUAUUCGCCUCACAUAGAAGCCCAUGAUGAGGAUUUCGAUCCCCUGCCUCGUAUCAAGAAUGCUUCUCGAACUCCUGAGCCUGCUCGGCAUCCAAAUGUCCGAUAUCAAACCGAUGAGGAUCACGAGAUUGCUGAUUCCGGCUCUGCAACGUACGCUCAUGAUAGUCUCGAUGAGCCACCUCGUGGCAUGUUUUCUCCGCGUUUCUCACGCAAACGAAAAUCCUUCGAAAUGAAGGACGAAAGCCAGGACUCGGAGUCCUUCGGUAUAUCGGAAAUCGCCAACAAGAAGCCCAAGAUUGAAGAAGAUGCUGAACCUACACCCGAGAGUGCCCUGCAGAACGGCAGAGAAAGUGGAUCUCUUUCUGACAACACCGUCGACGUUCCCGUUGAAGACAUUCCUCCAGUAGUCGCUCCCGCCCGAGGCCGAGGCCGAGGACGCGGAAGUCGUGGUGGCUGGCGCGGACGUGGUCGGGGUCGAGGUCGUGGACGCGGCAGUCGAGGCGGUGCCAUUGGACCUAUUCGAUCGACUGUUGUUCGCGCACGCGGUCGAGGCCGAGGCCGGGCCCGGGCCUCAGCAGCCGCACUCCGACGCGGUGGCAAGAGAAUCGAAGAUGAGAUCUGGGAUAGCGAGAGCCGUCGACGAUCCCCUUCGCCCAUUCCAAUUACGCAGCCGAUUAAAGAUCGACAGGAGGAGCUCGCAGCACUGUUCAAGAAGGUUGGACAGGCACAGCAGCUUGCACUUAGUGUGCUGGCAGAUCAUUCCAUGACGAAAAUUGUGCGAGACAAGUUCGCCCAUCAGGACUGUCCCGAGUUUGUGCAGGUCCAGAAGGAACUUGCCGAUUAUGAGCGCAAGGCGUUGAAUCGGUACCGCGAGCAAUACGACUUGAAGGUUGAUAGUGCAGAGAAGGUCUACGGGGGGGAGGUCUUCAAUAUUACGGAACGAGCGAGGUUGCAAAUUGGAGAAAUCAAACAGGAAAUGUUCCAUGCAGCCCGUGGCAAGUACAUGGAGCUGGUCGUGGGCCGUCAGGCAGCAGAAGAUGAUGAACAUACGGAGACUGACGGUUCCGACCCCGAUGCCGAGGAGCCACAAUAUCUCUUCAGAAUCGGCAAGGCCGGCCUUAAAGAGGUCGCGCGCGGGUAUGUCGCGGAAGCUGUUCGUAUCCCCGACGGUGCGGCUGCACACGAACGCGGAGCCAAUAUGUGGGAGGACUUCAUCAAGAAGGUCCAACUGGGCGAAGACCUCAACCCACAGAUGCGUGCUCUGGAUGGAAUUGUAGAGCAAUCGGUCCAGGAGAAUAUCGAGCGAUCUUUAGAGACUCUCCUAAAUGCCGUCCAAGUCAUCUGCGAUCAAGAAAAUGGCAAGGUCCAAGACACAUCACCCAAGGCCUUGUCAAUGCUGGCCGAUACGGCCCUUGCCGAACCGCCCACUCCGCAUCUCCCGCAGAUGCGCACCGAUCCGAAUAUGCAACAUUCCCACCGUGCACUCCUCCCCACGCCCUCGCAAGUUCAGCCUCCGCAUCCGCCUCCGCCCCCCGGCAUGGCGCAUGGCCCCACCGAUCCCCGGUCUUUCAUUCUUCCUCGACCUUCCCCAAUUCUCUCUCAGCCUCGUCAUCUCCUCCCAGCGCGCGGGCAACUUGGCCUGCCGGAUCCAUUCUCCAUGAACGGACCUCCGCAGCUGCCGCCGCCCCCGGGCUCGAACUUCCGCAGUCUGCCUCUCCCCAAUUAUCUUCCUCCCCCUGGACACCCACAACAACCGGGACCUCCAGGCCCAGGCCCGAUGUACUAUCCACCACCGCAUGGGCAUGGACACGGGCCACCACCUCCUCCACCUCGUCGAUACUGA